AUGACUCAUUCAGCGCCAGGGACAGGCCAUCAAACCCACAAGCGGGCUCCAAGUCUCACCCCAGGCCCACUUCUGACCAUUAACAAUACCUCCCCUCCCACGGCUGCAAGAUUAAUGAGAAGGGAUGGGGGAGUCCGCAACCCAAUCUUUGUUGCAUCCUGGCCACCAGCUUCUCCCUGCCCCUCCUCCCCUGCCUGGGAGGAGAUGCGGUGGCUGGCAGGCCACAGUCACGGCCCCAAGGGGGUCAAGGCUGGCAUGGGAGCAGUACCAAGUGUGACUCAAGCUCAACAGGUAAGCAGAAAUGCCAGAAAGCAAGGAAAUGUUCUUUUUCCCUAG